AUGAGCCCACCAGCCCCCUCAGAUCAAACUAUACUCAUCAGCGGUAUUUCCGGGUUCGUUGCAGCACAUAUCGCUCACGCCUUCUUGGAAGCGGGGUAUAAGGUUCGUGGAACUGUAAGAUCGGACAAAAGCAUCGAUAGUAUAAAGAAGGCACACGCAAAGUAUGCCGGUCAACUGUCCUUUGCCAUUGUUCCUGACAUCACUGUACCAAAUGCAUUCAACGAAGCAGCUGAUGGUGUGACUGGAAUCGUUCAUACGGCAAACCCCUUCAUUUUGAACCCAAAGGAUAAUGAGACCGAACUGUUAAAGCCGUCAAUCCAAGGCGUACUGAACGCUCUUGAAGCAGCAAAAUCACAAGGGUCAAAAGUCCAUCGAGUGGUGCUCACCGCAUCCUUUGCAGAUAUAUUGGACCUCUCCUUGGGUGAACGUCCGGGUUACACAUAUACAGAGGCAGAUUGGAAUCCUGCAACAUAUGAAGAAGCAAAGCAAUCAGACAGUGGCGCCUUUUCUUACUGCGCAGCCAAAGGAUUGGCUGAAAGGGCAGGCUGGGACUGGUUGGCAGCCAACACACCACCAUUUAGCUUUGUGGCACUUUGCCCACCCUGGAUUUUCGGACCCUCCCUUAAUGGCAUCAAAUCUUUGGACCAUCUCAACGAGUCAACCGAGGCCAUAUGGAAACUUGUGAAUGGAUCAGCGAAGGAGGUGCCGCCAGUGGAAUUCGGAGGAUUUGUAGAUGUGCGAGUAGUUGCCACAGCCCAUCUGAGGGCAUAUGAACGUGAGGAAGCUGGAGGUCAGAGGUUCCUACUUGGCUCGGAUUUCAACUAUCAGAACGCAGUUGACUUCCUGCGAGAAGAUUUCCCACAGCUUCACGGCCGCAUCCCAAAAGGACAAACAGGAGCCGGGAAGACCUGGCCUCUUUAUCACCUUGAUCAUAGCAAGGCUGAGAUGGUCCUAGGACUGGAGUUUACUCCUCUCAAUGUCACAUUGAAGGACACGGUUGCAGAUCUUCUCGAGGCUGAGAAGAGGCUCAAUGCUUGA